CGUGGCGGUCGGUCUCUCGAGUCGGAAGCCAGAGCUGCCCCGGGACUCCCGAUAUGGCGACUUCUCUGGGUUCCAACACUUACAACAGGCAGAACUGGGAGGACGCGGACUUCCCCAUUCUGUGUCAGACGUGUCUUGGAGAAAACCCUUAUAUACGAAUGACCAAAGAAAAAUAUGGAAAAGAAUGCAAAAUCUGUGCCAGGCCAUUCACAGUAUUUCGAUGGUGCCCUGGGGUCCGCAUGCGCUUCAAGAAGACUGAAGUGUGCCAGACCUGCAGUAAAUUGAAGAAUGUUUGUCAGACCUGCCUGUUAGACCUAGAGUACGGCCUACCCAUCCAGGUCCGUGAUGCAGGGUUAUCAUUUAAAGAUGACAUGCCUAAAUCAGAUGUCAAUAAAGAAUAUUACACCCAAAAUAUGGAAAGAGAAAUUUCUAACUCUGAUGGAACACGGCCAGUCGGAAUGCUGGGAAAAGCAACAUCCACUAGUGACAUGCUACUCAAAUUGGCCCGGACCACACCUUACUACAAAAGGAAUCGGCCCCACAUUUGUUCCUUCUGGGUGAAAGGAGAGUGUAAGAGGGGAGAGGAGUGUCCCUACAGACAUGAGAAGCCUACCGAUCCAGAUGACCCUCUUGCUGAUCAGAAUAUAAAAGACCGGUACUAUGGAAUUAACGACCCUGUGGCUGAUAAGCUUCUCAAGCGGGCUUCAACCAUGCCUCGUCUUGACCCACCGGAGGAUAAGACGAUCACCACACUGUAUGUGGGUGGUCUGGGAGACACCAUCACUGAAACAGACCUCAGGAAUCAUUUCUACCAGUUCGGAGAGAUUCGCACAGUCACUGUUGUGCAGAGGCAGCAGUGUGCCUUCAUCCAGUUCGCCACCAGGCAAGCUGCCGAGGUGGCUGCCGAGAAGUCUUUCAACAAGCUGAUUGUGAACGGCCGACGACUCAAUGUCAAAUGGGGACGAUCCCAAGCAGCCAGAGGAAAAGAAAAAGAGAAGGAUGGAACUACAGACUCUGGGAUCAAGUUAGAACCUGUACCAGGACUGCCUGGAGCUCUGCCUCCACCUCCUGCCGCAGAAGAGGAAGCGUCUGCCAACUACUUCAACCUGCCCCCAAGUGGGCCUCCAGCCGUAGUGAACAUUGCCCUGCCCCCACCCCCUGGGAUCGCCCCACCCCCACCCCCAGGUUUUGGACCACACUUGUUCCACCCAAUGGGACCGCCCCCUCCUUUCAUGAGAGCUCCAGGACCAAUCCACUACCCGUCUCAGGACCCUCAGAGAAUGGGAGCUCAUGCUGGAAAGCACAGCAGCCCCUAGCACCACGUCACCACCUGGCCUCUGAGGAAGAAAGGGCACUCAAAUCCCAGUAAACGAGUCCUGGGAUAAGUAUAAUUUCCCUUGCUUUGUAGUUUCCAUGGUAGCUGAAUGUGUCCCGAUGUGGGCAGAGAACACAGCUAUGCUUCCCCACAUGUAUUCAGAGGAUCGGCGGGCCUAAAACAAGAAGCUGUCCUGAACAUAGCUGCUUACCACCACAGCAGUACUAAGAGCCUUAUGUCUGUUCCCUUCCCACCCUGUGGGAACACGCACAUGGUGAACUGGAAUAACCAGCGGAGUCCCCAUCCUAGUGUGUUCAUUUUGUAUCUUUUUGGGAGGGAGGCAAAAAUUGACCUGCAGUUUAAAAAAAUAUUUUGACCAUU